UGGGUGAAGGGCGCAGACGGUGGCCCAGAGUGCACAAGGCGGCGGACGGUGGCCGACGAGGUCCGACAUGAAUCAUGUGGAGCGUUGCGCUUCGUUCCUCCGGUGUACCCUGGUGCGGGUGGCCGUGCGGAGCUACCUGCCCUGGGGGCUGCUGUCCUCCACGCUGGUGGGCUCCGUCCUCAAGGAGGUCUCCCCGCUGCCCGAGACCUACUUCAGCAACAAGCGCAACGUCCUCAACGUGUAUUUUGUCAAACUGGCCUGGGCCUGGACCUUCUGUCUCCUCCUGCCUUUCAUUGCCCUCACCAACUAUCACCUGACAGGCAAGGCCAUCCUGGUCCUGCAACGUUUGUUCACCCUGCUCGUGGGCACGGCCAUCUGGUACGUCUGCACAGCCAUCUUCUCCAGCGUGGAGCACUACACGGGCAGCUGCUACCAGUCGCCCGCCCUGGAGGGCAUCAGGAAGGAGCACCUGAGCAAGCAGCAGUGCCUCAGCGCCGGCGGCUUUUGGCAUGGCUUCGACAUCUCUGGCCACUGCUUCCUGCUGGCCUUCUGCACCCUCAUGAUUGUGGAGGAGAUGGCUGUGCUGCACGAGGUGAAGACGGACCGGAGCCACCACCUCCACAACACCAUCACCACGCUGGUCGUCGCCCUGGGCUUGCUGACCUUCAUCUGGUUGUGGAUGUUUCUCUGCACUACCGUUUACUUCCACAACUGGUUCCAGAAAGUGUGCGGCACCGUGUUCGGCUUGCUGGGUUGGUACGGGACGUACAGAUGUUGGUAUCUGAAAUCUUUUUCCCCGGGACUGCCUCCCCAGGGCUCCAGCGCGCCUCUGAAGCAAGACAGUCACAAGAAAUAAAAGGGGAAACAAAAGGAGUGACCGUAGGACAAUGGCUAAUCCAUUUUUAUGUGUUUUCUUAGUUAUUUGACUAAAUUAUUGACCCCCCCCUCGGAGAGGAGGCUUACCAGGCAGUUUUGGUAGGUGCGGUAGAGCGUGUGGAGCUCAGUCCCCGCUGUUCUUGGCAGCGUCACUCUGUGUCACAAGCACCACCGCUUCUAGUUUGGCACUUUUUGUCCCGGCAAUACUUGACCUUGAUCCGGACUGUCCCCUUUGUCCCCAGAGGGCAAGGCUAAGGCUCAGUGAGAGGACAGAAUCGGGGAGGCCAGGGCCUCAGCUUCCUCUGCUGCCAUCGUUCUCUCCUUGAUUCUAAUUGGUUUUUUGUUUGUUUUAAUGGUUGUUAAUGCUGUUAUUUAACAGUAUUUCCCUCUGGUAAAAACAACCAACUGUUGCCUGAAAGCCACUCUGUGGUUUUAGUGUUGGUGUCGUCCAUGGAAUGUUAACCGUUACACCUGACUUGUGAUCAGCUACCAGAACAGUUCACAGGGUGCUUGUGUGAGUGAAUGUCGGGUGCUUUUCCGGUAAUGAACAGUGAUAAGUUUCCAUCUGUCUAUUGUUUACUGGUGAUAGGAGCAAUAAGGUUACAUUUUUUUCCUUCCAAUUUGAAUGAGUGCUUUAUGGUUUUUAGUAACUGUAGCAUUUGUUGUUUGUCGACAAAACUGAAAAGAACUCACAUCUCCACUGUUGCACUUUGGCACAUGUGUAGGUUGCUUUGAGGGUUUUUUUUUUAGAACACUAACUUACUUUUUAUAAACCAAAGUCUUGGCUGAUGGUAUUAAAUUCCACCUCGUGGGGCUAUUUGUAAGAAGCUUUCCUCGCCACAUGUCCUCAGUAUAGACUGACCAGUAUUUCGGAGAGGUCUCCUGUGGCCCAAGGCGUUUUUACCUUUUGAAUAAGAUGAUAAGUCAGAAGUGAAGGAAAAUGUUCUCCAUUGCCUUUGAUGGCGAGAAACUUAACUGUUUGAAAAGAUGUCCUUAUCACUUGGCCCCACCCUCUUAUCUGCACCACCAUCAAAGGCAAAACAAACCUGGGCCUAUUCUCCUGGCCCUGAAAUCACCUUUUUUGUCCCCUUUGUGGCCCUUCUCAGUUUCCCACGUGUCAUUUUGUGAUCUUUGCUGGGAGGGGCUAGAAAUCCCACACCUCCCCCCAACACAGGCACAGUUACAUCCCUUGUGAUAAGAUACCCCCUCCCCUCUCCAGACUGUUUCCUUAAGCCUUUCGAACUGAGCCCCUUGCAUUUUGGAUAAUCGUCCUCGAAGCUUCUUUGAUGCCCCCUGCUCCCCCUACCCUCCACCACCCCACAGUUAAGCCUGAGAAUAGCGUGAACUGAUAAAUACUCCUUAACUUCACUGGCUUCACUCAAGUUUAGGUCAGUAGGGGCUUGAGCUCUGGAAAACCUUCAGGGUAAAUUGUAUUUCAUAUACUGAUGUAUUUAAAAUAUGUAGUUCAUACCCCCUUUGUAUGCAGUUACCUUGGGAGAGGUGAGUUACCUUGUACCCAAAGAAGGUAGCAGACACCCCAGCAAUGAGAUUUCGGAGGGGCCACCCUGGUGCUUUGUAAGCAUUGGCAAAAGGCAAUGGCCCCACGAGAUUUUUUGGCCCUCUGGAGUGGGAGUGGGGUGGAAGUGGGGGUGGGAAGUAGAUGGCAGGGGCUUGUGGAAGGGAUUGAAAUCUCCAAAGUUGCAUGUUCAACACCAAAGGCAGCAGGCACGGGGUGACUCCAGAAGUUCAUUUCUCAUACUUCAGUCUCUCCGUUUUUCUCACCUGGGUCUGAUUCAAGCUCAGCAUCCACUUAACUGCAGAGAGUGUCUGUUACCGAGCCUUGUACAUUGAUUAGUCUCCCGCUGCUUCCUGUCCAUCCUUAGCACCCAUGCCUUCCCCUUGGGAGCAGGCCCUCUGUCCCUGUGCGCGACGGUUUGGCGGAGCCGGGUUCGGGCUUGGGCAAACCUGAGUUGUGGGUUCCGAUCCGGGUACCACCACCACCACCCUGACCGUGGGCGCGCUUCAUUUUCCUCGUUUGUAACAUGGAAGUGAUGCUCUAGGAUGAAAGGAGACGAAGCAUGUAACAUGCCCAGCAGAGGUAAAGCCCCCACCCCUUUUUCUUGACUGAGCCCUUUAAAACUUUCUGGCUCCUCCAGAGAAGGCAGGGGAAUUAAGAUCGUUUGGGUGCCACUUGGGGUCUCUGUUUCCUGCUGAAAUGGCCGUGUGGUGUCUUUUGGAAAGUGUCGUCCCCAGGCCCAUCCGAGGCCGGCUGUGAUCACAGGGUGCUGCUGUGCUUUGUUGCCUUUCUUUGUCGGGUUCAUUCACCGACGCCUGGUCUUCCAUGUGCAUCUGUCACAGUCUGAGCACCAGAUUGUAUUUAGAGAAUGGCUCUUGCCACUGUUAUGUAUACGCAGAUUGUGUGUGUAAACAAGCAAAUUAAGUAAACUGGAGAUAAUGAAAUCCCA